AUGGAUGAGGAAGUGAAGAGAGUGUUGUUACAAAAAGAAGCUGAUAUGGAUAAUAAGGCUUAUAAUGAUUAUGCUUUCCAACGAAACCUUUUAGACAAGUAUUGGGAUGACAUUGACCGUAAAAGGAAUUGGAAUUGGAUUAUAAGUACUAGGCAAGAAAUCCAAUAUACUGAGAGUUCGAUCCGCUCUAGUGAAGAAAUUGUUCAAAAGAUAAAGAAUGAAUUAGGACUUCAUGAGUACAAUUUGGAGAAAACAAAAAAGGAAGUCAUUGCUAUGAAAAAAGAGUAUCCGUAUGAGUUUCCGAUGUGGGAAGAAGAUGAGUAG